CACAAAACUACAAUUAUUUUUCCAACGGUAAAUUUGUUGUUUGUUUUUUCGCUUCAGGUACACUUUUCCACGUUUUUCAUUCAAAACCUUUUGAUAUUUGGUUAUUUAUCGUUUGUGUUGACCUUACAACGUGAUUUCGGGUAGAAUAAAGAUGCUGCGAGCAAUACUCUCUCGAUCCACAAGAAAAUUCCUUGCUAAAAGACCUCUCCCAGAGUAUGCACUCUCUGCGCACGCCGCAUCUUCUGCUGUCUUCGAGCGGCCAAGAACGAUUCUACCUGUAGCCGUCCACAGCAAACGCCCCUUGCUCACACCAACGAAUAAUAAUAUGAUAAAUAACGUCCCUUACAUUACACCUUUCUUGAACAUACGUUGGGCCUCUGACCAGAAGAAGGAAAAGGCAAAAGUCUCCAGUCCCAGUGUAUGGGCGUGCAACAUGAUCAACAUGUUGAAGUGCGUUGACUUGAACGACCUGAAGGACGCGCCUCCGCCCGCGUUCUGGUUGGCCUUUGGAGUUGGGGCAACACAGGUUGUCUUCCCACUGGUAGAGAUCAUCGGAGGUUACUCUGACACCAUCACCUUCUACCAGCUCAACCUCGCCGCCUCCAGUGUAGCCGUCCUCAGCGGCAUCAAGUGGGGUCUUGCGGUAUCCAACAACCCCAUUCCCAAGCCUGAUUUUGAUACUUUAAAGUUGGUCAUGGGUCCUACAUACGUCGCCAUGUUGGGGCUGUUACUUCCUACCGCUUUAGGGUUCCCUACGGUCGCGGCCGCCUUGGUGAGUUCCCUCUACCUCGAUCUCAAGUCCUGCGCGUUCCCCCCGUGGGCCAACGCUACGAGGUUGUUCUUGACCGUGUCCACGCUUAGUGGACUGGCCAUGGCCUGGUUUGCAUACCUCCUCUUCCAUGAAGGGAAGAAUCAAAAGAAGAGAGAAGAGAAAAAAGAUGCUAAAGGUCUGAAUGAUAAAGAGGAUGGUGACGAGAAGUCCAAGAAAGAUGGGGAAAAACAAUGAGGAAAUUAUAUAAUAUUUUGUUUUUAUUUAUUUAUGUAAAAUUUAAAUACUGGUUACUGAGUGUCUUUGUUUAACUUAUGUAAAGUAAAACCUGUUAAAAUAAA